CACACGGGCACUCUGAGUUUUUUUUUUGUGGGUGGCGGCGGUCAGCUUUGCAGCAGCUCCUCAAAAAGUUCGAAAAAAACACCAAAUAGUGUCUUUCCAUCAUCAAACUUGCAAGUGUUAAAAAAAACAAUAUAGCAAAAUGUUGUCCGAAUAUUGGAUUAUCUCGGCCCCUGGCGACAAGACGUGCCAACAAACUUUUGAUACGAUGAAUAAUUUAACCAGCAAGCAACAUAACUUGUGCAAUAACUAUAAAUUCCAUAUACCCGAUCUGAAGGUGGGCACUCUCGAUCAAUUGGUUGGCCUUUCCGAUGAUCUGGGCAAAUUGGAUACUUAUGUGGAGCAAAUAACUCGCAAAGUGGCCAACUAUUUGAAUGAAGUUCUUGAGGAUCAGAGGGAUAAGCUUCAUGAGAAUUUGCAAGCCAAUAACAGUCCUGGUCCACCCGACGACAGCAUGCCGUGUCGACACCAUCAACGCCUGAAGCAUCUAAGCCUGCGACACCAGCGUAAACACCAGCACACGCACCACCAAAACAAUCCUAUACACUAUCCAUCACAACAUCAUAUACACCGUCAGCUGCCAGCGGAUAUAAAGGGUAAAUCCACAACAAAUCUUUCAAUUAGUCGCGAAACAACAACAACAUCCGGACUCCAAUCCGCCCUAGGAGGAGUAGGAGGAGGAGAUGGUGCACACACUACUAAUACUAUUGAUGUUUCGUCUGCUGCUGCUGCUGCUGCUUCUGCUGUUGGCCCCGUCGGCUCUGGCUCUGCUGCUGCCAAGAGCUGGACUGGCGGCAGUUUGAAUAAUCUCUCGUCUACCAUGACGGAUGACUAUGAUUUUGUUAUACCGCCGCCCGGUUGUAUAUGCGAUGAUUGUUAUGCCGGCAGCGCUGUAUUUGCACCCCCAAGCACAAGUGCAACGGCCAGCACAUUGAUGGCCGAUGAAUAUUUUCAUUCACAGACAACAUCCUCGAUGUUAAAUGCCACACGUUGUGCCAUCUCAACGGUAGCGGCCAUUGCCACCGGCAGCAGUAUGGCAACCACAAGUGCCCAAGCAGCAGCAUCAUCAUCAGCAGCAGCAGCAGCACUUGAUUCGUCUAAUACUAAUGAAGCCAAUGUCGCCGCCGUCGCCGCCUCUGCUGUAACUGCUCCAUCAUCUGCUAAGCAUAACUCUGCCUCGACGCUCUGCUCAUCAUCGGCUUAUUUCUCCACAUCGGCGCCAACAACCAGCAGCUCAGUGCAUAGCAGCAUGUCGCGCUCUAACAGCAAGAAGCUGAACAAUAAUACUUGCAGCAUCAAUAAUAACAACAGCACAAAUAGAAACAAACAGGAACAAAAGCAACCGGCAUCGCCUCCGCCUCCAUUGCAAUCGCCUACACAAAAAUCCUGCAGUUCCUCGAUCGAUGAUGGUGGUGAUUCAAAAUCAAGUCCCCAAAGUCCACAAUCGGAACUCUCUGAAACAUUUGACUGGUGGUUCAAUAAGCCCAAACGUAGUUCUAAGAAGAGCAGUGCACCACCACCCACCGCCACAAUGACAUUUUGGCAUCAAUUUGCAUCAACAUUUACACCAAUUAAUUUGCCACCGUCUUCUACUACACCACCACCAUAUUUCGCACCAUUGACACCACCAUUAUUACAACCACUGAAAUCACUGUCACAACCAUCAACACCACCGCCACCGCGCUCUAGUUAUCGCUCUUUCUUCAAUUCUCUUGCCGAUCAAAUUUAUAGCAAACGUUCUUCUACUUCCACUACUACAACGAGUCAAUUAAACAAUAUAAACAAUGGAUUUAAUUUAACACCAACUCAUCAUAGAUCGUCGCCAGUGAGUAGUUGUUGUGGCAGUAGUAGCCAGGGUCGUUCCAGUCCAGACACGGAUAAUCUUGAACCACCAGAAUUUCCACUCAGUCCAGCCAACCUACCCCAGUAUUUGACACGUUUCCAAUGGGAUAUGGCUAAAUAUCCCAUCAAGCAAUCCCUACGCAAUAUAGCCGAUAUUAUUUCGAAGCAAAUUGGCCAAAUUGAUGGUGAUUUGAAAACGAAAUCGCAGGCUUAUAACAAUUUGAAGGGUAAUUUGCAGAAUUUGGAAAAGAAGAAAUCUGGCAGCUUGUUAACCCGUAAUUUGGCUGAUUUGGUUAAAAAAGAGCAUUUCAUUCUGGACUCGGAAUACUUGACCACUUUGCUGGUGAUUGUGCCAAAAGCCAUGGCCAAUGACUGGCUGGCCAAUUAUGAGAAAAUCACUGACAUGAUUGUUCCACGCUCCUCGCAAUUGAUCAAGGAGGAUCCCGAUUAUUGUCUCUUCAAUGUGACCCUGUUCAAGAAAGUGGCCGAAGAGUUCAAACUGCAUGCCCGUGAGCGUAAAUUCAUUGUACGUGAUUUUGUCUACAAUGAGGAGGAGCUGGCCGCCGGCAAGAAUGAAAUCACCAAAUUGAUGACAGACAAGAAGAAGCAAUUUGGCCCUCUGGUCCGUUGGUUGAAGGUAAACUUCAGUGAGGCCUUCUGCGCCUUGAUCCAUGUGAAGGCAUUGCGCGUAUUUGUGGAAUCGGUACUCAGAUACGGUCUGCCAGUCAAUUUCCAGGCCAUUCUUAUUGAGCCCAACAAGAAGAGUGUGAAGCGUUUGCGUGAUGUUCUAAAUCAAUUGUAUGGCCAUUUGGAUGGUGCCGCUGCUGGUGGACACGUUAGCAGUGCCGAUAAUGUGGACAUCCCCGGCUUGGGCUUUGGCCAAUCGGAAUACUUCCCCUAUGUGUUUUAUAAGGUCAACAUUGAAAUGGUUGAGCAGCCAAAGGUGUAAAGUGUGUCAACACUGUGACACGCACACAGAGAAAGAGAGAAAGAGGGAAGAGAAAAAAACGCCACAAAAAAUUAUGAAAAAAAAAAUUUCGAUACCGCCUCCAAAAUUUUCAAAUGCAAAACUAUUUAGUGCUCAUAGGAAUCCUCCUUAAACAACAUUCAAUCAAUUUGCCACGCAAGAAAAACAAAAGAAAAAAACAAAACAAAAAAAAAAUACAUAUAAUUUUAGUCAUUGUUAUUAUAAUUAAUUGUUGUUAUUUAUGUUGCAAGCAGCGGUAAAGAAUUCUGUUUCCAAAACAUUUAAAAUAUCCUUUUUACAUGUUAAUCAAGUUUUUGUCAUAUAUAUUUCACAUUUUUAGUUGAUUUUGUUUUGCUUCAGUAUUUCCAUAUGUUUUUUAAUUUAGUUCUUUAUUUUUGUCCUCUGUUCUUUAUACACUUAAAACAAAAACAAAAUAGAAUGAAUAGCUAAAUUUACACAUUGUCACUAAAAAAACUCUCUUAUUGUUUUUGGUAGCAAUAAAAAACAAACAAAUCAAAUCAUUAAAUCAAAUUGAGUUAUAUUCGUUUAGUGGUUACACCUCCCGCCCCCAACCAGCCCUCCAUUAAAUUUUUAUUAUAUUUUGAUAUCCUAUGACUAAUCAGCAUCUAAAUAUACCUAAUAUAUUUGUUUCUAUGCCCCAAUAUGAUGGUGUCUGUCGCAAAUUUAACUAACGUUCUAACAACUAUUUGCAUAAACGAAAAGGAAAACUUAUUUAAUAUAAAACAAAACAAAAAAUAGUAUUGUAUUUUAUAAAACGAAAACAAAAAAGAAGAAAUAUUGUUGACUAGAUAUCAAAGAGUUUAUCGAAAUGCGAGCAUAAAUUAUCCCACUUUAAAUCCUUUCUUCUCUGCAAUUUGAUGGAGAGAGGGACAAACGAACAAUAAAUAUUGAAAGUAAAGUAAACAUUAAUUUGUAAUUUGAAACUUUCAUGGUUAUUUCGUUAUGUUUUUUGCUACUAAAUGCUAAAAAUCUAAAUGUAAAACAGAUAAAAAAAGAGAAAAACAGUAUCUACUAUAUAUAUAUAUUAUAUAAAAAAAAACUAUGUUAUGUACAACAACAACAACAACAAGAACUAUGUAAAUGUCAUUUUGUGCGUUAUAUAAGGUGCAAAUUAAGAGCCAUCCUUGUAAAUAAUUAUAUAAAGAAAGAAAGAGAGACAUUCCAA